CGAAUCUUCAUGUAUAAUCCGUCGUCAACUAGAUUCCUCUGAUUUUCCAUCUCAUUCUCCCGGAAUUUCCGUCAUCUUCUUCGUCUCUUUGCUUACUCAGACUCACAGUCCCACUCUCAGAUCCUUAUUGGCUUCACUUUUCCCAAUCACCACUUUCUUCUUCUUGCUAUGUCUGGGGACGGGAAAUGGUGCGUGGUGACCGGCGGCCGAGGCUUCGCAGCUCGCCAUUUGGUUCAGAUGCUGAUCCGAUACGAUGUGUUUCGGGUCCGAAUCGCCGACCUCGGCUCCACCGUUGAUCUAGAACCUUAUGAGGAAAAUGGCAUUCUCGCCGAAGCUUUGAGCUCCGGUCGCGCCCAGUACGUGGCCAUUGACCUCCGCAGCAAGAGCCAAGUUCUUCAAGCAUUUCAAGGAGCUGAGGUCGUGUUCCACAUGGCGGCUCCCAAUUCUUCCAUCAACAACUACCAGCUCCAUCACUCGGUCAAUGUGGAAGGAACUAAGAAUGUAAUUGAUGCUUGUACCGAGCUAAAAGUAAAGAGACUUAUCUAUACUAGCUCUCCUAGUGUUGUCUUUGAUGGGAUUCAUGGGAUUUUUGAUGGGGAGGAGUCUUUGCCGUGUCCACCUGAGCACAAUGAUUUCUAUUCGGCAACUAAAGCCCAAGGAGAAGAAUUGGUAAUCAAGGCAAAUGGUGUUAAGGGGCUUCUAACAUGUUGUAUACGCCCUAGCAGCAUUUUUGGACCUGGUGAUAGGUUGCUGGUUCCAUCUUUAGUGGCUGCCGCCAGAGCAGGGAAAUCCAAGUUCAUUAUUGGUGAUGGCAAUAACAUUUAUGAUUUCACAUAUGUUGAAAAUGUGGCACAUGCCCAUAUAUGUGCAGAGCGAGCUCUAGCAUCAGAAGGGACAGUUGCAGAAAAAGCUGCCGGACAGGCAUAUUUUAUAACCAAUAUGGAACCUAUCAAUUUUUGGGAGUUUGUCUCACUUAUUCUAGAAGGUCUUGGCUAUGAAAGGCCAAGAAUAAAAAUCCCUGCCUUUGUUGUGAUGCCAAUUGCACAUGUGGUGGAGUGCACAUAUAAGCUGUUGGGCCCAUAUGGAAUGAAAGUUCCACAGUUGACCCCUUCAAGAGUUAGACUCCUCUCUUGCAGCAGAUCUUUUAAAUGUUCAAAAGCACAGGAUCGAAUCAGCUACACACCCAUCGUAUCACUUCAGGAGGGUCUGAAAAGGACAAUCGAGUCAUACCCACAUUUGAGGGCUGAACAACCACGUAAAAGAGAAGGGCCAUCUAAAGCUUCUAUAUAUCUUGGGAGCGGGAUGGUUGCUGACACGUUACUCUGGAAGGAUAAAAAGCAAACCUGCAAGGCGUUAUUAGUUUUGAUUGCAAUCUACUACAACUUCAUUGUAACCGGAUCUACAAUAAUUACUAUUCUUUCAAAGCUUCUUCUGGCAGCUUCAAUAUUCGUGUUCAUCCAUGCCAGUUUACCAGAAAAGAUAUUAGGGUAUAAAAUUGAGAAGCUUGAUUCGUCACAUUUCUACUUAUCAGAAGAGACGUCGAAACAAAUCACCAGAUUGGUAGCCUCAUCAUGGAAUGCAUCUGUUAGAACUUUAAAAUCUCUUGGCAAGGGAAACGAUGGGUUAUUGUUCAUUAAGGUUGCUCUCUCCCUAUUGGUUAUCAGCUUCCUCGGGACCGUUUCACUUCGGAACUUAUUUGUCAUAGGGGUUCCUGCCGCCUUUGUAGUUUUCUACGUGUAUGAGAAGGAAGAGCAAAAAAUUGAUGCCCUGGUCCUAGAAGCUCUCUCUCGUGGAUGCAAAUUGAAAUCUGAUAUUGUCAGAAAAGUCUGCACAUCCAAGAAGAUUGAGUGACUGAGUGUUACGAUAGUGCUGCCACUGCUCGCCUCAAUUCAUAGAGAAAAAGCCACUGUUGGACAGUGAUUGUUGUGUUGUGUCCCAUAUUUUCACUUUCAUUUCUCUUUUUUUCUAACCAGGUUGCCAUCCUUUUUGUUCAUAUUCACCAAAGUAUUUUCAGACUAUAUAAUAUCACUUUCCUAGCUAUAAAUUUUUUCUCCAACAA